GAGUAUUAUUUCUCAGAAUGAAGGUAUACAGCUCAGUUAACAUUAACAUCAGCACAUGAACACUUCUCAGAUAUGAAAAGACUCAACACACACGCAUAGCCGAACGACAACCCCAACUACAUAGAGGCGCAGUGUGUUCUUGUGUAUCAACGCCGAUUACAAGACCAUCACAGAGGACAUCGAGCAGGGAGGAUCAGGAUGAAGACCUUUUCCGUGCUUUUGCUGACUUUCGUCACAUCUGCAGCAGCCUCUCAGAGAGGAAACAACAUCCAGCUCGGCAAGCGGGACAUUUUGGUACGUUCCAAAAGGAGGUGGGUUUUGACGACAAUUGACUUGGUUGAGGAAGACCCAGGGCCUUACCCCAAAAAAGUAUCUCAGAUAUUCAACGACAAGACAUACCAACACAAUAACCACAAAUAUGUUAUAAGAGGAAUGGGCGUGGAUGAGGAGCCGCUGGGCGUCUUCACGCUUGAUGAGAAAAGCGGAAUCAUCUACGCCCACAAAGCCAUCGACAGAGAGGAGCUCAGUUUCUUCCAUAUCAAGUUUGACAUUUUGGACAAACAAACGGGUAGAGCAAUAGACCGAGAAUUAGCAUUUGACGUUGCCAUAAAAGACAUAAAUGACAACGCACCCAAAUUUAUUCUUCCGCAAAUGAGCGCUGAUGUCAGGGAGGACACAGCGGAGGGCUACUUGCCAAUUAGAAUCGAGGUAAUUGACCCUGAUGAAGAGAACACCCCAAACUCUACAGUCACCCUGAGUGUGAUAUCACAAUCCCCGCAAGUUCCUAAAAUUGACUUACACCAGAUUGAUCCCCGAAUGGCUCAACUUACAUUUAAAGGGUGUUUUGACUACGAUAAAUUCAAGAAAUAUGAAAUAGUGCUUCAAGCGAAUGAUCACGGAAAACCCUCCUUGUCCUCCACCGCUGUUGUCACUCUCAAUAUUAUUGACGCCAACAAUCAUCCACCAAUAUUCAAAGCAAGGAAGGCAAGGAUGUUUGUUAAUACUAUCACUAAUCAAUUCACAAAUCAUAAAAAUAAACUUUGUAUGCUAAUGGAUACAAAUGUUCUUCCUGUUCAGUAUCAAGGUGAAAUCCCUGAAAUGGUCGAACGGGGCAAUGUUUUAAGACUAGCAGUAGAGGACAAAGACACUCCAAAAACUCCUGGCUGGAGGGCCAAAUACUUCAUCAUCAAAGGAAACGAGGAAAACAAUUAUAAAAUUGAAACUGACCCUGACACUAAUGAGGGGAUUCUGAGUGUUAUCAAGGGUAAAGAUUUUGAGAAAUCAACCAUUACAAAUCUGCAGAUUGGGGUAGAGAACGAGGAGCCACUAUUUGUAUGUCAAGACGCAGCGUCCAAGAACAAAGGCGGCGUUGAUUCAGUUAACGUUACGAUGAAAGUGAUCGAUGUCAACGACCCACCUCAGUUUGACAAAGAUUCAGUUGAUAUAUACGAGAAGGAAGAGGAGGAGCCGGGAAAGUUGCUAUACACUCCAAAGGUUCAUGAUGCUGAUUCGGAUGUAUCCAAAAUUAGGUAUGUCUUGUUAGACGACCCUGCUGAUUGGGUGACCAUUGAUAAAACAUCAGGAAAAAUCACAACCACUAAGAAGAUGGACAGAGAGUCACCGUUUGUUCACAAUGACAUUUACAAAAUAUUGAUUGCAGCAAUAGAUGAUGGUGAGCCUCCAGCCACAGGCACAAGCAGCAUCUUGGUUCACCUUGUAGAUAUCAACGACAACAAGCCAAAGUUGCGCAAUAAUAGUGUGACAAUGUGUGGAAACAAGGCCAUGCUUGCUCCAAAGGAUCUGGACUUGGAUCCUUACAGUGGGCCCUUCACCAUCUCACUAAAAAGUAAUGAUGCAAGACAAUUACAGCGAUGGAAAGUGGAGCCUAGCUCGGGUGAGGAAGUCGGGCUACUUAGCCUGAAGACACUCGCUUAUGGCAAUUACUUGGUGCCCCUCGUGAUUGAAGACCAACAGGGCAUAACUGGAGAGGAGACUGUUGUUGUAACCGUGUGCGACUGUGAAGGAGGAAACGUGUGUCGUCAUAAAAAGCCGGUCUCGGCAAGUCUGGGACCGGCUGGCAUUGGACUCAUCAUUGCAGCACUGCUUUUGGUUUUGUCAGUAAUCUUCUUCAUCUUGAAGUGCGAAUGUGGAGAACAGUUCAAGCACUUAGACGAGAUACAUCAAGAUGAAGGUCACCAGACCUUAAUCAAGUACAACCAAGAAGCAGGAGGCGCAGAAUGCAAGACUGCGCCAUCUUUGCUGCUGACACCUUCAAAGGAUUUUGUGAUAAAUGGACUAAAACAGGAAACGAUGCAGAUGGCUAGGAUGACUCCGGUAAUGAUUGAAGACAACUUAGGGAUGAUGAACUCUGACAUGGCAUCUAUGGGCCAACAAUAUCACAGAGAGUCUUUCCGAGGCAACAAUGGGUGCAACAUAUACGCUACACAGUCUGCAAACCAGAACAUGUACCAGAGAGGCUCAUUGCCAUAUCAACGGGCAAGCAGCUGGCUGACCCAUCCUAACAUUUCAGAUUACCUCAACAAGAGACUGCAAAUAAUUGACGGAAACCCUGUCGACCACCCAGAAUAUCAACCGCAUGCCUACGUCUAUGAGGGAGAAGAUAGCAGGUGUCGAUCAUUGGAUGAGCUGUCCUUCAGCAUCCGUGGAGAGGACUUUGAGUUUUUGAAUGAUUUGGGACCAAGGUUUAAGCCAUUGGGGAGCAUAUGCAACCAAAUUAUGCAGGAAAAAAGCAUACACAUUUAAAAAGGGCUACACUGGACAAUUAUGUAUUUGUUUGAAGUAAUUACUGGCACCUUAGCAUGUGAAGCCCUGUUGCUGCCUGGGGUGAGCACACGUGGUUGACGUGGUUGAAAAACCGGUCACCGGUUGGGGUUGGGAGGGGGGAUAGCUCGGAAGCUUGUUGCUGGUUGGCCUCGAUAUACAUUACAUCAGCCGUCUGUUACAUUGUAUGAAAAUGUCUGAAUUUAUUUGUUAUUGGGAUGGGGUGGGUGACCCUUACCCUGACCCCCCACCCCCCCCACGCCCCUGUCUCACACCAUUGUUGCGAAUUAUUUUGGUAACAAAAUAAGAAUUAUUCUUUCCAAAAAUGUACCUUUGCUCUGAAAAGAAUUUCUUCAUGAGAAAAGAAGACUAAAUACACUUUUUGUAUACUUUCCCACUUGAUUUGCAUGAGAAUAGGUUGAAUUGCUUGUCUUUUUAUUUCGGGUGCUCAUUUUGUAUUAUUUCUAUAUCUUGGGAGUUUGAGUUCUCUCCGUGCCGGUUCUCAAGACAGCAGUAUUUUCAAGCAUAUAUUUGUUUAUAAAGGCACAUUUAACUAAA